AUGUUUAAAUUCCUAAUCCUUCAAUUAUGCGUUUUGAUCGCCUUUGUCAGUGCUGGCAAAACCGAGCAAAAGAAUGCAGUUGAUAUUGAAUCGCCUUUUCCUGGUGAUGUGUUCGUUGCUGGUUCUUCUAUGCCUGUUAUACUUAAUUUCAACUUCCUAGCGACAGCUCUUAAAAUGGAUGUGUCCAUAUACUUUAAGAACCUCACCAUGAAUCUUGAAAUAGCAAAAUCGGUGGAUACCAGAAGUACCGGCAGAAAACAAAUCGACUUUGUUAUUCCUAACACUGUAUCAUCAGGGGACUACCGGGUUGAAUUCGUCGAUGCCGUAAAUAAACUCAACUUUGAUAUUCCUAUUCUUGUUCUUGAGGCGGCUGAACCAUCAUCUGCAAACCCAACUGGUGGAAAAGAUGCUGCUGUAGCUGCUGCCAACACUGCCAAUGAAGCAAAUCAUAAAGCCUUAGGUGCUGCGCCAAGUCUCUCCGCAGUUAGUGCCAUCAAAAUUGCUCUUUCUGUUUCAUUGCUUGUUGCUUAUAUGCAGUUUUAAAAAGAUCCGAAAAGUAGCGUUCUGACUUUUUUGAAAUACAAUAAUAUGUAAAAGGAAGGGUACAACUGAUUUACAGAAUAAAUAAAUCCCUGGUAAUUACGCUCUUUUGGUUUCUAAAAACGUUGACAAG